GAAAAAGGAAAGCAAUCAGAGUGAAGUGGAAUGGCAACCAUGUUUAUAGCCAGAAAUACCAUGCUCAACCUCUCAAGAGCAUUCCCUCGAAACCGUUCAAUUGCUCUUAGAUCUCCUCGCAAGGUCUCAAGGGUCUGCUUCACCUCUGCUUCCAAAUCUUCUGAGGGUAGAAAUGCAGCAGAGGAAGCAAGAGAAAACGGUUCUAACAUGGAAGGUCGAGCGUCGGAAAUGACCGAGAAAGCAAAAGAAAAGACGAGAGAAAGCAUGGACAGAACAAAAGAACAAGCGGAAGAAGUGAAAGACAGAGCAAAACAACGUGCGGAGGACAUGACAGAGAAGGCCAAAGAAGGAACCUAUAAAGCAACGGAAACAGCGGAAGAGGCGAAGGAGAAAGCGAAAGAACGUACGCGUGAGAUGAAGGAGAAGACGAGCGACAUGGCGGAAUCCGCAGCGGAUAGGGCCAAAGAAGGAACGGACAAAGCAACCGAAACAGCGGAGCAGGCAAAGGAGAGCGCGAAAGAACGCGCACGAGAGGCGAAGGAGAAGACGAGCGACAUGGCGGCAUCGGCGGCGGAUAAGGCCAAACAAGGAGCCUCUAAAGCAACCGAAACGGUGGGGGCGGUGGGGGAUAAAGCAAAGGAAGGAGGGAGCAAGGCGGCGGAGACGGCGCAGAAUAUAGGGGAGAAAGCGAAGCAGACGGUGCAGGGAGCAUGGGGAGCAGCAAAGGAGACAACCCAGAAGAUCAAAGAGACUGUGGUUGGCAAGUCGGAGGACAAGGGCAAGUCCGCAGAGGACUAUGUGGAAGAUUUGAGGAGGCCCGACGACAAGGACAAAUCAAAAUAGGGCCUUCUAAUUUUAAUUUGCACAUCACACUGCGACUGAUUUAUGCCCCCUGCGAUGCAUAAGAGCUUAUUACUGUUAAUGGCGUUGUUAUGGUUUGAAUCUAGACUAUAUAUUAUGACUUUGCUUCAGCC